AUGGCCUCUAGGCCGAUCAUCCUCAGAUUCGAAAGCCGCAACGGCCAGUUCCGGUUGAACGUCACCCCAGACGAGCUGUUCCCAUCAUUACAGCAAAAAAUUCUCGAAAAACUACCCCAAGAUGUCGAAUCUUCAUCGAUUGCCCUUUCCAACAAACCGAUCGGAACCGGUGGCGAUGAGAGGUUAUUGAAUACUUUGGAUGGCGUCUCUAUUGGGCAGGUUGGCCUCAAACAUGGAGACAAGCUUUUCCUUGGUUAUACAGACAAGUCUUCACAGCAGGGAAAUGGCCAGACCGAUAGUACUCAGCGUCUAAAUGGCGCCCCUCUUACACAGGACGAAACGAUCAGUAUCCGCCCGCAAGCGAUCAAGAACCCGUGGGAAGUCGUCAAACAAUCGCCGCUCGAUAACAACUUAGACAAGAAGGAUGGAAAGAUUUCUCGCAAUCGGGAUACGAAAAUGUGCAGGCACGGUCCUAAAGGCAUGUGCGACUACUGCAUGCCUCUCGAACCAUACGAUCCCAAAUACCUCUCCGAAAAGAAGAUCAAGCACCUGUCAUUCCACUCAUACCUGCGCAAAAUCAACGCUGCCGCCAACAAACCCGAAUCCGGGAGCUCCUAUAUGCCGCCUCUUAACGAACCGUUCUACCGUGUAAGACGAGACUGUCCGUCCGGUCACCCGCAGUGGCCUGAAGGAAUUUGCACGAAGUGUCAGCCGAGCGCGAUCAGUUUGCAGCCUCAGGAAUUCCGGAUGGUCGACCAUGUGGAGUUUGCUACACCGGAUUUGAUUAACAAACUUUUGGACUUCUGGCGGAAUUCGGGGGCUCAGCGGUUGGGUUUCCUCUACGGUACCUACGAGGAGUACACAGAAGUUCCGCUUGGGGUUAAGGCAGUGGUACAAGCCAUCUAUGAGCCGCCUCAGGUGAACGAGCUUGACGGUGUGACAAUUCAGGAAUGGGAAGAUGAGAAGGAUGUGGAUGAGGUUGCGCGUAUGUGUGGUCUUGAAAAGGUCGGAGUUAUCUUCACCGAUUUGUUGGAUGCUGGCCAAGGAGAUGGAUCUGUGGUCUGUAAGCGCCAUGUCGACUCCUACUUCCUCUCGUCCCUGGAAAUUGCGUUUGCUUCCCGGCUGCAGGCUCAAUAUCCAAAACCAACGAAAUGGAGCCGGACUGGCCGCUUCGGUUCAAAUUUCGUGACCUGUGUUCUCAGCGGUGAUGACCAGGGUGCCAUUACGAUUAGUUCCUACCAGGCUUCGGUCUCGGCGGUCGAAAUGGUGCGAGCAGAUAUCAUCGAACCCUCCGCAGAACCCUCCGUCAUGCUCGUGCAGUCAGAAGACGACAACCCCGACAACAAGGCACGAUACAUCCCCGAGGUUUUCUACCGACAGAUUAACGAGUACGGCGUCAGCGCUCAGCAGAACGCAAAACCAGCUUUCCCAGUGGAUUUCCUUUUAGUCACCCUAACGCACGGUUUUCCAACAGCACCAUCGCCCCUCUUCAUCGAAAGUACUUUUCCCGUCGAGAAUCGCGCUCUUGUUGGCGAGAGCCAGGAGUUGAGCCACAUUGCCAAAAAGCUCGCUUCGAGCGGUGAUCCCGAUAAAGUGAUUCAGGCUGUAUCUGACUUCCAUCUUCUAUGCUUCCUCCAUUCUUUGUCCACAUUUAGCAAGGACGAAGAAGCCCUCCUCUGCCGCGUCGCCACAUCCCAUUCGCCCUCGGAGGGCCUCCAACUGAUCAACACCCCAGGAUGGGCGACUUUGGUUACAAUCCUUCAGGAAAGUGGUGAGCGCCCCCCUAAGCGGCCCCGGUCACCUCCUCGCCCAUUCCCACCUUCUAUCAGGCCCCAGUCACCAAAGUCAGAAAGCGAACAGCUUGCUAAGAGGUUCAAGGGAGCUAGCCUAGAGUGA